GCCCUUGACCUCCCUCGUUAUCCUUGUCUUAUUCGCGUGUCGUGCCUUUGUUUCAAGAACAAUGCAGAAACUCAGUGGCAUUCAUAUUUUGGGACUUAAAAUCAAAUUCGAAACUCGCAGAACGAAUAUCUAACCAUCUCACCCUACUCGUUCGCGGUCAUGAUCCCUCACUUUGGAGAAUACAUCGCCUUCAAGCUCAACCCAGUCGCCUCUCUCGAAUAUUUGAAGGAUCCUGAGGUAGUAAAAAGCUUGCGAAGCUCUGGAGACGAAGACCUAUGUUGCCUGUGUCACCUAUUUCCCGGCGUCGAGUACAUACAGGUUGCCAUGACCUUACUCGCCCAAGGUCUUUCUCCUGGCCAGCCCGAUCGUUUUAUUCUACCAGACAUGGCCGUAGCGGUCCUUCCAAACACAUCCAACCCAUUAUCGCGCGCGCCACUCAAUCCUACUGUGCCUCUCCCUUGGCCGGACUGCUUUCACCCGACCCAAGCUACAACAAGAUGUCGCAUUCGAAACGACUUUACCAUUGGAAAUCCGUGGCCAGAACCCAAGUAUCUAUUGGAAACAGAAGAUGGUCUUCUUGAAGAAUACUGCUGGAAGGAUGCUGAACGCAAGCAGGCUCUUCAAGAGGCACAGCAGCCGCUAUCUGUGGAUGGAGGUGCUGCCGACGGCCCCCCGGACGAGCGUGACGCUUCUGUGGUUACUUUACCGCUUCCUUCUGAGCAUGACGGUGAAAGCCAUCAUUCUCGUCCAGCCAGCAUCGUGGAUGUACCUCUAACGACCGCGCCAAGCUGGUUUUCAAAGGUCUCUAACCUCUUUCGCGGACUCGUCAAGAAGGUCUCGCGGUGUGUGCCUUGUAUACACGCACCUUUGGACGAUGAUGACGUCAAGGACUUUUCGGACGACCCAAUCUGGGGUCUCAGUUUAUUCGGCACCCUUCCUCCAGACACCAUGCCAGUCAUAGAGGUUUUGGACGAUCUGGAAUCAGUGAAGCAGGUUAACGACCCGUGGGACUUCUUUCGCGAGCUCGAUGCCCUGAAGAAGAUUCAAGCAGAGUCUCAUGAACGAAUGAAGGCAAAACUUCGAGUUGACAUCGAUCGUACGCGCCAAAAGGAUCAGGAGCUCCACGCCCGACUUGAGUCAAAAAUGCCAAAACGUGAACCUUCAUCCGAGGAUACAAUAUCGUCUUCCGUCAAAGAAGAUGUAAAGCCUGGUGCUGAUGCUUAA